CCCUAUUUAAGCACUGCGCAACCCUCACCACUCACACAUAUCAGUUUGCAGACGAGAGUAAAGGUUACCUGCUUCAACAGUGCUUGAACGGCAACCUUCUACUCUUUUGAAGCAAUUUCUUUUUGAUUGAAUUCAUCCCUUUUGAAAACCAAAUUAGAUCAAGCUAUCCAUAACAUCGUAGAAACGAACAAUUCGAAUCACUCACAUCACCUCUUCGGACCAGAAAAAAACACAAGAAACAUGUCUCCUCCAGUGAGACAGAACUUCCAUCAGGACUGUGAGGCUGCCAUCAACCGGCAGAUCAACCUGGAGCUGUACGCUUCCUAUGUUUAUCUGUCCAUGGCGUAUUACUUCGAUCGUGAUGACCAGGCCCUGCACAACUUUGCUAAGUUUUUCAAGAACCAGUCCCACGAAGAACGUGAGCACGCUGAGAAGCUGAUGAAAGUUCAGAACCAGAGGGGAGGGAGAAUCUUCCUGCAGGACGUCAAGAAACCAGAGAAGGAUGAGUGGGGUAGUGGUGUGGAAGCCCUUGAGAGUGCCCUGCAGCUGGAGAAGAGUGUAAACCAGUCCCUGCUGGACCUGCACAAGGUCUGCGCUGAUCACAACGACCCACACAUGUGUGACUUCAUUGAGACGCACUACCUGGACGAGCAGGUGAAGUCCAUUAAGGAGCUGGGUGACUGGGUGACCAACCUCCGCCGGAUGGGUGCCCCCCAGAACGGCAUGGCCGAGUACCUGUUUGACAAACACACUUUGGGCAAAGAGAGCACAUAGACCCUCCAUUUUCUUGCUAUAUCCUAUAGCUGUGUUUCUUUCUUGCUUGAUAUAUCUAUAGGUUUGGCAUCGAUCAAGUUCAUCCUUGAAUCCUUAGUUUGUGCUAUGCUAUUCCCUCCCGUUCCUAUAAGCCAGUAGCCCUUUCCCCUCCAAUUGCCUGUCUCGCCCGCUUGUUUUGACUGCAGUUGUCAAUAAAUGAAACCCUCUGGAUUCUGA